AUGAUGUCUUCUUGCGUCUAUAUAAAAUUGCUUUUUAUAUUAUUUGUGAUAUUCUACGCAGAGUCGUUUAACAAUGACAAAAAAUGCGCGGCGAGACCGUACUUUAAUAAAUCGGUAGUAUGUGUGUGUAAUGCAACCUAUUGUGAUGAAGUAACUCGAGAGGAAAUCGCUUGUGGCCAGUAUAUAUGGUAUACAUCAUCAAAAGCUGGAAAACGGUUUGAAAAGUAUGUUUCCAGUUUGCAGUACUUUCCACCCUCAGUUGAAUAUCAAUACAGUACCCUGGAGUUGGACCUCAAUACGAGGUAUCAGACUGUAGAAGGUUUCGGUGGAGCCGUCACGGAUGCAGUUGGAAUCAACUGGUUGAACCUAACCAAUCCGCAACUUAAACAACAUUUCAUUAACUCAUACUUCAGCGAUAAGGGUCUGCAGUACAGCAUGAUGCGAGUACCUAUAGGAGGUAGUGACUUCUCUACCCAUGUGUACGCAUACAACGAGUACCCAGAAAACGAUGUUAAACUUAGUAACUUCAGUCUUACUUAUGAAGAUUACACCUACAAGAUUCCAUUCAUUAAAGCUGCAUCCGCAGUGGCCAAAACACCAAUCCACAUCGUAUCUAGCACGUGGUCACCCCCCAAGUGGAUGAAGAACACUCACAAAUUCUUAGGCAUCAGUCGCCUCAAAGAAGAGUUUUUCCAAACCUAUGCAGAUUAUCAUAAAAAAUUUAUCGAAAAAUAUGAGGAGGAAGGUAUCCCAAUUUGGGGCAUUACUACCACGAACGAGCCUCUAGAUGGUGCGGCGAUGCCUCCGAAGUUUAACUGUUUGGGUUGGACUGUGCAAACUUUCGGCCAAUGGAUAAAGGACAAUUUGGGACCGACGAUAAAGAACUGGAAACCAGAAGUAAAUAUAUUAGCUGUAGAUGACCAGCGGCUAGCUAUACCAUUGUGGUUUGAUGCUGUGGUCGAUUGGAACCCAGGGUCACUGAAGUACGUAGAUGGCAUCGCAGUACACAGUUACAUGAACAAAUAUAUACCACCCGAUAUAUUGACUAGAACGCAGGAGUUGUAUAAAAAUCAAUUCAUAUUGACGACGGAAUUCUGUGAAGGAGCCAUGCCGUGGCAGCAGCCGAAGGUGGACUUGGGAUCAUGGGACAGAGCUGUGACAUAUAUUCUUAAUAUUCUGGAAGACCUCAACUACAACUUGAUUGGGUGGAUUGACUGGAACUUAUGCCUGAACAGCGAAGGUGGUCCAAACUGGGUGCAGAACUUUGUAGAUUCCCCUGUGAUUGUGUUCCCGGAGAGGGGUGAAUUUGUCAAGCAGCCCAUGUUUUACGCGAUGGGACAUUUUUCCAAAUUCAUCCCAAGGGGCUCAAUACGGAUACAAGUGAAGGAAUUGAGCAACGCGACUAUCAAUAAUGUAGCUUUUAUAACACCGUACAAUACCGUAGUCGUUGUACUAUAUAAUGACAAAAGUGUAAACAGACUAAUACGGUUGAAGUUGGGAAUCAAACAGGCGUCCGUUUUGGUGGAAGCAGACUCUGUCACCACAGUCGAAAUACCAAAUGGAUGUGGUUAG